GUACCACACCACCACGAACAUGCUAGGCAUCGAGGACUACGGCAGCGACAACGAAAGCGACAACGAGGUAGCCUUGGAGUUGGGGACAAAAUCCACCUCUUCAUUGGCUGCUGAACUACCACCUCCUCCAAAAUCAUCUUUUUCACUUCCUGCGCCCAAACGUUCCAUUAUCACUCAAGCAACAAAUGGUUCCUCAGCACCUUCAAAGACAAAGCGAGCACCUAAGAAAAUAGCCAUCGGUCUCCCAGCUUUACUCCCAGAAGAUGAAGAAUCAAAAUCAAGGGAUGAGCCACCGCCUGCAAAAAAACCAAGAUUAACGACUGGGGCAGGCGCCUCCUCACUCGUGUCUAUGCUACCUGCACCAAAGCAGAAAACAUCUCUUAAACCUGCUCCGCAGCGUGUUCUCGGCGCUGGCCAAGGUCCUGGUCUCGUAUUUCGUACAUCACAUACGAAAGAUUCAGCGCCAUCGGCUCCCAGUCCGGAGGGAGAUGACGAAGACUGUAUGCACCACACCGGGUCUACGUCAACGGACAAUCCAGAAACAGCGCAAAGUGUGCAGUCAACUUUCAUGAUCCCUCCAUCUCUAGCGAAAGGUAAAGCUAACGUUUCGUUGGAUGAUAUCAACCCCAAACAAAAUCCGCGCAAGGUCUCGUCUGCACCCCCUGUCGACUUAUUUUCAUCGGACGGUCUGGCAUCUUCUUCAAAGCCUCCUAUAUCCUCGACUCCGCUAGCUACACCGUCUUUUUCCAUUUCAUCUGCUCCCCGCGUUGACAUGUUUACGCCCCCUGAGCCCAGUCCAGACGAUCCUUACCCGGGCUACUAUUUAACACCGACAGGUGCAUGGGAGGCGUACGAUUCAGAAUAUUAUAAAAAGUUUUAUCAGAAAUGGAAGAAAGACUACGACAGUCAUGUCCGUGCUCUAGAGAAGGGUUCAGCCAGAGGGUUUGAGGCUGCCGCAACUGCUGAUGCUCAGGAGGUUGAUAUGGCCAGCGAGAUGGAGAAAGCUCGAAAGGAGAUCCAAGAACGCGAAGCGAAGAAAGCUGUCACCAAGGCAGGAGAUGCCGAACCUGCUCAACCUAGGAUGAACGUGCAGGGAGCAAAACUCGGUGGAAGGGCACGAUCUCGCCAUCAAUUGACUACACUACUUACCGAGGCAUACACGAAUCGUGAGGCUCUUGAAGAGAGAAUUGCUCAGGGACGGAGAAACAGGAAGGAGGCUGGAAAUAAAUAUGGCUUCUAAUCCUGUUCGAGGGAUAGUCCUAAUUCUCAGUUGAUUAUUUAACCUUAAGCCGUACUCUCAAGCUUGUUCAUCUAGGUGUUAAUGAUGUGUGUAUUGUACAACAUAUAGAUUGCAAAUAUGAUACAGUAAAGAUC